AUGAGUUUUUUUCAUUUAUCUCCAUUUUUGUGCUUUUUCGUUUGUUUUGUUUCAGGAACUACGACAACCGUGUCCAUCUGCUUCAGUUCUGCAUUUGCUGUCAAAUCGCCUCCUCAAAUUGCUUCAUCUUCAGUCGCUGAUCCUGGUGAUUUCGUAUUGAAGGGAUUCUCGGUCUUUUGACUGAGAAUUUUCCGUUUUCAAGCUCGAAUCGCCAGGAUAAUCACCAUCAAGUGGCAAAUUUGGAAACAAGUCUGGCUCGCCAAAAAUUUGGAAACAUUUCCAGCACGCUGGAAAUUUUCCAUUUUUCUGGCUCAUAUCGGACUGUUUCUAGGUUUUGCCACUAGCGCAUCACGCGCUCAUCAUUAAAAUAAUAAAGUUUUUUUUGUAAUGCGUUUUUGAUUCCUCCCAAUCGACUGGUUUCUUGAAAAUUCCGAUACUAAUCAUUUUUUUUUCCAGAAUUGUCAUUGCUGAUUUUCUACUUCUCAGUCUUCUUCAACCGUCUCCUGCAAUCUUCACAAGAUCGCCGCUGUCAAGCUGACUUCAACACACAUCAUUGCUAUCAAUUCGUCGCCUCAUCUUCAGUCGCUGUUCAACACCUUCAAUGCCGAGCAGCCGCAAAUCAUCGUCGUCUUCAGAAGCCGCCAAGUCGAGCUGGAAAUGGAAGAUUUUUGCACCGCCUAUAGGAUUUCAAUCGCAAUUCGAGUUACCAGGUAGUUUUUUCAAUUUUUAUUAGUUAGUUAGCUUAAAUCUGAUGUUGGUUUUUAAGCUAGAUAAUUUUCAAUCAUUAUCAGCAACAUUUUUGGCGUGUAGGAUUUACUCCGAUAGUCAAAUAAAAAUGUGCAAUUUGGCUGAAGAUCUUUGAGCAUAAGAUUUACUCUGAUAUCGAAGAUUAUUAGGCGAUGAUUGAAGAUUUUUGGCUUAGAAAAAACAUUAAUGCUUUAGAGUUAUGUAUUUAUUUGUUAGAGUAUACGUUUUUCCCACAUUUUCUCAUUUUCAAGAUCGAAUCAAUGUGAUGUUUCAAGUUGGCAGCGUCGACUUCAACAACAUCUUCCACAAUCUCCACAACGACAGCGAUUGCCAAAGCGGUUCCGACUCCGAAAGUUGCUGUUGUUCCACCACGUGAGCUGAGAUGUCAAGCUUUUGCCGAGUUGCCACGUCUCAGUCUGCUUGAAUCGUACCCUGCAAAUUUCGCAAUCGCCUCUGCCAAGCUGACUGCUCCACUCCAAUACAACGCCAUCAAUUCGUCGUAGUCUUCAGCCGCUGUUCAAAACCUGGAAUGUCGAGCUGCCGCAAAUCCAUCGUCGUCUUCAGAAGCCGCCGUUCAAUCGGAAUUCGAUUUAUCAGGUCGUUUUUUUUUAAUUUUUAUUUAAAAUUAGGAUACGUUUUCUAGAUAUUUUAAAACUUCUAGAUGAUUUAGGCUUUAAUUGUAAAUUUAAAGAAAUGUAGGAUUUUAAGCUAAUUAAUUUUCAAUCAUUAUCAGCAACAUUUUUGGCGUGUAGGAUUUACUCCGAUAGUCAAAUAAAAAUGUGCAAUUUGGCUGAAAACCUUUGAGCAUAAGAUUUACUCUGAUAUCGAAGAUUAUUAGGCGAUGAUUGAAGAUUUUUGGCUUAGAAAAAACAUUAAUGCUUUAGAGUUAUGUAUUUAUUUGUUAGAGUACGUUUUUCCCACAUUUUCUCAUUUUCAAGAUCGAAUCAUUGUGAUGUUUCAAGUUGGCAGCGUCGACUUCAACAACAUCUUCUACAAUCUCUACAACGACAGCACUUGCCGAAACGGUUCCGACUCCGAAAGCUGAUGUUGCUCCACCACGUGAGCAGAAAUGUCAAGUGUUUGCCGAGUUGCCACAUCUCAGUCUGCUUGAAUCGUCCCCUGCAAAUUUCGCAAUCGCCUCUGCCAAGCUGACCGCUCCACUCCAAUACAUCGUAAACGGCUGUUGCACCUCCGUAAGCUGCAGCCGCGAGUCGUGACCACAAGGAGUCUUCUCUACGCAGGGAGACAGCUAAGCAACUUGUAGGACUGUAUAAUGAAUGUUUUUUGAGUGAGUUUUUUUGUUUCCCCAUAAUCAACAGAUUUAUCCAUGUAUUGGUAGCAAAGUUCUUUUUUCAGAAUUGUCAGUGCAAUGCCAAGCUGCUGAUCGCGAGUCGCAUCCGGAUGAAGUCGAGCAGCCUCCGAGUGUAGCCAGUGAUGGAUCGGUGACUCGAAAGAUGACAACCAGCCCAGUAUGGCCACGAAGUUCAACAACAAGAACGGAGGACGAGGACAAAUGCAUUGUAGUUAGUUUAUUUUUUAGGGUUGGACCCCGUAAAACGAAAAAAUUUAGAAAUUAAUAACUUUUUAGUAUCUUUUUCAAAUUUUCAUCAAUUAA